ACAUACCUUUGUAAGCUUGUGACAAACGCCGAUGGUAGUAUAGUAUCACCGGAGAUAGGGAGGAGUAUCUAAAUGUUGGAGAGAUAAGAAUAACCACCGCCAACUAAGAAGGUAAGCCAGGAGACAAGGUAGAGUUUCUGUAAGGUGGGAUAUCGCAUAGUAUAUAAAUCGGGGAUCUUCAUCCGACUCUCGGACCUUAACCUCUACGCACAGAGCUACACGGGGAAGGCGCCAGGAGAAACAAGUUCGGGUAUUCAAAGCCAGAGAUGCACAUCGCGGACAUUGCUGGAAUACCGGCAGCUAAACCAGCUUCGGCAUCUGAUGACUGUCCGUUGCGUCCUCAACCACACUUUGGUGUAUAUAGACGCGGGAUGCCGUAGAAGGAAAAGAAGGCGACAGCCAACCAGAUGGUUUGACAAUGUCUUCCACAAUCAACAAACACCAAUGUUAAGCUUGGAUCGACUCAGGAGCAUAUCAUGCGCUAGCCCCACUUGCCUUCUCACAUUGGACGGCCGUCGUCCCGCCCCUUUGGACAGCUCCAGGAGUCCAGGCUGUCGGCGGCGGCCGUGUGGUGUCCUUGUCAAAUUUCCCGCCCGUGACAACACCUCCAUGAUCACAUUGUCGACUCCCGCUCAACGAGAUCCUGGGUACCUGAUGGAAUCAUCGUCAUCAUGGCUAUUAACUGACCUGGAGCUCUGCAGCUAUCUAAUCCUCCUCUCGCGCCAGGGCAAAGUGCGCCUGGCCAAAUGGUUCACCACUCUGUCUCCCAAGGACAAGGCCAAGAUCGUCAAGGACGUCUCCCAGCUGGUCCUGGCUAGGCGGACUCGCAUGUGCAACUUUCUCGAAUACAAAGAUACCAAGAUUGUCUACCGCCGAUAUGCCUCGCUUUUCUUCAUCGCCGGAUGUUCCUCCGAGGACAACGAGUUGAUCACCCUCGAGAUCAUCCAUCGCUACGUCGAACAGAUGGACAAGUACUACGGCAACGUCUGCGAGCUCGACAUCAUUUUCUCCUUUACCAAGGCCUACUACAUUCUCGACGAGCUCCUGCUGGCGGGAGAGUUGCAGGAAAGCAGCAAGAAGAACGUCCUACGAUGCAUAUCGCAACAAGACUCGCUAGAGGACAUGGAGGUCGAGGAUGAAGUCACAAAGAUCAUGUAAAGGCUGAACAAGCCUUGUGGUGUCUUUUUCUCCAUAAUCAUCACCGACCGGACCAGGUUCUCUCAAACACUCGCGAUUGCCACUGGUCGACAUCUACUUACCCUGGCAGCAUACGCUAAUGCAAUACUUUGACCCCUGAUGCAGGAUGCGGAAGAGAUUCAGAACGCACUCAAGAAGGUCGGAAUUCUCUGAAGCAGUGGCAGCAACCAUAGUCCCUCGACUAGGUGACGGCACCGGAUGGAUAGACGAGAGGGGCGACCCAAAGCACGAGAGCACA